AUGCCUGCCGAUCAGGGUGCCCUGUAUGGGCAACCACGUUCCAAGAAGAUGAAGACUGAACAGAACAGCGCAAGUCUCGCCUUCAGCUCCCAACUCUCUUCACUUAUCGCCCAAGAUGCGACUUCUGCUCCCUCGCGUGGGCGUCAGCGUCCCUCUAAAAACCCGAAGCCCGAUCUGUUCUCCAAGCACAACAAGGGCGCUCAGAAGCGUGCGGCUGCCGAUCUUGCAGAUGACAACCGGGCUCUCAAGCAAGUACACAAAAGCACCCAGGAUCUUGGCUCCAUUGAUGCCGCCACCCUGGGUCGCUCUCGACGUCGCAUGGAGGAAAAGGUGCGCCAGUACGAAGACAUGAAGAAGGGCAUCCAUCUUGCCGAUGACAGCGAUGAUGAUGAGAUGGAUAUUGACCCAUCCAACCCGGAGGCCUAUCUAGCCCGUCUACGACGCAAAGAGAAGGAAGGAUUGGUCGACUUCGAUCUCAAGCAUGCAAACGAACAGCAGCUGAAGCAAGAUGCUUCUGAUGACGACAAUGCAUCUAUUAUUUCCUACGAAGACGAGUUUGGCCGUUCUCGCCGUGGCACUCGCGCCGAGGCUGCGGAAGCCGCCCGCGCCAAGGAUGAAGAAGCUGGUGGUCCAGCUGCCCAGGAACGCUGGCGCCCGGCUCGCCCUGACAAUCUCAUCUACGGAGAAGCCGUUCAAACCGAGGCUUUCAAUCCCGAUGCCAAGAUUGCAUCGCAUAUGUCUCGUCUGGCUGCUCGUCGCGACCGCUCGCCCACUCCGCCAGAAAACAAGCACUACGACGCCGAAGAGGAGGUGCGCAACCGUGGAACUGGAUUCUAUACCUUCUCUACCGACGAGGAGGAGCGCAAGAAACAGAUGGAAGAGCUCCUAGCUAUGCGACGAGAGACUUUGGCCAAGCGGCAAAGACAAACACAUGAAGAAUGGUACGCCGACGAAAAGAUUCGUUUGGCGGAGCGAAUGGAGAAGAUCAAGAAAGUAUUCGCUGAAGCUGCGGAGAGACGUCGCUUGGCCGAAAUUGAAGCUGAAAAAAACCCGCAACCGCCGCAACCAAAGCCUGACUGGCGUACCACGGUUACCAAGCGAUGGCUCCACGGUCCUCCUGGAAGCGAUCCCCCACCUGUUGAUACCAAAUGCCCACUUUACCGCCGUUACAUUCUCUCGGAAGAUUCAUUGGAAUACUUUGCCGCUGAAAAGAAAGCUGAAUUCUUGAGAUAUCUUGCGGAGGACUGA